AUGCAGAUCUACUCUUCAGACAGUGAGUCUGAAGAUUCUCAGUACUGGGUUGAUUGGUUUCUUGGUCUCAAGGGAAAUGACUUUUUUUGUGAAGUAGACGAAGAGUACAUACAGGAUCGUUUCAACUUGACGGGUCUCAGCAACGAAGUACCACACUAUGUCCAUGCUCUAGACCUCAUUCUCGAUGUCUUGGAUCCCGACUUGCCUGAGGAAUUACAGGAUGAGGUAGAAACAAGUGCUAGACACCUUUAUGGACUGAUCCAUGCACGGUAUAUUCUUACUGCUCAAGGGCUUUACAAGAUGCUCGAAAAGUUCAAGAAAUGCGAUUUUGGUCGCUGUCCUCGUUUCCUCUGCAAUGGACAGGCCGUAUUGCCCGUUGGUCUUUCGGACGUACCUCACUCCAAAUCAGUAAAGUUGUACUGCCCGCGCUGUGAGGAUGUCUAUGCCCCCAAGUCUCAGCGACACGCUGCUAUUGAUGGUGCCUACUUCGGCACCACGUUUCCUCACAUGUUGAUUCAGGUGUAUCCCGAAAUUGCCACAACGAAGCCCCAGGAACGGUACAUUCCUCGUAUUUUUGGCUUCAAGGUUCACGCAUACACUGGUGUUUACAAAAAGCAAGAUUCAUACCGUAACAAGCAAAAGAAGCGUCUUCAAUUGGCCUAUGAAUCACAAAAAACAACGGCAAAACAAGCGUAG